GUUUCACGGGGUGUCAUAACCCUGCCCUCGGUUAGAAUUACGCAUUUUCGUUUCUAAAACACGGUGAAACACGUUGUCUGCUCGAUGAGGAACUAACGAGCCACGACGCUACAACCUCUACAGAUAUUUUCAACAGGAGCGAAUUUCAACCGAAACAUGCACCGGAUGUCAACCGCGAUGUCAACCGCGGUGUCAACCGAACCUAUAGAAAAAGUUUAUCCUUCUAAUUCCUUGUGUUUCCUUUUGUCCAUCGGUCGAAGAUUAUAAAACCACCAUUAAACGGAUAUCGUGUUCUUGUCAGAAAAGCCAUCAACGGCCGUGACGCGUUCGAUGCAAUUUCUUCUCUUGUUCGUGAUAUUUUGUGGUAACGCUGGAUCGUAUAGCCUCCCCGCAAACUUCUAUGGUGUUCCAAACGAAUGCUUUUCGAUGCUUGUGUGCGUACGUAUAAGAUGCAUGUACAUGAGAGAGGCCCGAUGAGACCGCGAAACACGGCCUAUUGAGGCUGGCGAAACGUAAUUGGGCCCACAAAAAAUGGAGCGGAAACGCCUGGACCCCAUUACAGGUCUCGUAACGAGUUCUCCGCGCGUUGCUCAAUCCGCGCUGGCUGGUUCGCGCGGUUUCAGCAGCCUCGCCUUAAUCCGAAUCGUCACGAUCUGUUCUCUUUGCGAUAAAUAACAAACAGCUCCAUUAUUUUUCGGAUUCGUACGGCGCUGUAACGACAAGCAAUUCCGUUCAACGGAUUCCGCGAUUUACGCUGUUAAAGCGUGAAAAUUGGACAACUUAUUUCGGUGAUUCGGUCUGCCGACAACGUAACGUUUCGCGUUUGCGGCAAAUAUUUUUCAUCUACAUGGACGCAUCGCUUUUUCUUUUUGUUAUUUAAUCGUCGAUACGAAAGCGAAACGCGCGAACCGAUAACGGCAGGUCAUUUUGACCAACGUACAUCGUUAUCGGGACAUCGUUGUCACGCAAUUCCUUACCUUUGUCAAAAAUAAGCCAGCAUCGAUGCAGCAGCCGCCCGUCAUAAACUCAACGAUCAUAUUUACCCUUUUUAUACUAUCGGUUUGUAUUUGACAGCGUCAUAUGUAUAAACAGUACUUCAUACAUGGAUAUCCUUCGAUAGCUUUUUCACAUUUAUAUCUAAAAUCUUUACCUUGCAUAGCGUUGCUAUCGGACAAUUUUUAAUGAAAAAUGCAAACGGUAAAAGAAGUCGUUGUCGAAUACGGAAAAUCUCGCGAACAAUAUCGUACCGUUUAAGCAAUUCAUUUCUCGAUACUAAGGAUAAAGAAUUAAUUUCAGACUUUUGCUCGUUCGACGAGAAAGGAUCGUUCUUUCGGCAAGAAGAAAGACAGAAAAUUUCAUCGCGGAUAAAUCGCAAAUUCGUUUCGCGUACGUGUUCCAACAAUUUCAAUGGUGUUUGUAUUGAACGAUACAUUGUCACCGAGAAUAGACCGAUAAUCGAGGAUUAUCGUCGGAAACGAUAAAUAUCCUAACCAAGUCCGUGUGCUACGUGUAAACAGUUAGGUUCGAACAGUCAAUUGCAUCGGUCGAUCGCGUAGAAUGAUAAUUGUCUGUACGGGACCUAGACCAACAUAAAUCUGAACCAAGUUUUAAGCACGUCGAACCGCGUGAAAUAAGAUUCUCGGCAUCGACCAGCGUUUUCUCCGAUCAAGGCCUCGGUUUUUCAUACGAGAGCUGAAUCUUUUUCACCGGCCGAUGCUGGUGCGAGCUUCCCUCUCCUGGCCCCGCUGUCUCGCGCUUUAAUUUCCAGCCUCGACAUUUGCGUAACCCAGUUUCGCCAUUGUUCGAUUCAAUGGUAGAUCGUAACGUCCGCCAUCCGGAUAGAAGAUUAUAAUGCUCGCGUGUGUGUGGCACUGCGCAUCGUUACAUCGACAUAGUACGAUGUAUACUGACGGUCUCCUGACGCUCCAUUAUGGGAAGCAUCCAGCGACCUUGGCCGCGGAGGUUGGAGCCUGGUACACCGGGGACCGUCACGUGGACGUGACGUUAGCUUGCGACGAUGGAUCCGUCGUCAAGGCCCAUCGAGUGGUUUUGGCUGCAGCUAGUCCCCUUUUGGCUAGUCUCCUUCGUAACCCUGCGUUGGACCAUGUGGUUCACUUAUCCGGGGUCCGAAAAACCCAGCUGACUCAUUUAUUGGAAUUUCUCUAUAACGGAGAAGCUCUCAUUCCAUCGACGGAACUCACGCCGCUAAGGGAAUUGUUCGAGCUUCUUCAAAUUAAGUCGGAGCUGUUCGAGCCGAAUCAACCUCAAACCUCUAGUAACUCCGACCCCGAAAGGAUACCCACCCCUCAGCCCUCCGAGGGCCAGGAGAGUUCCAGCUACGAAUCGCAGUACGACGGCAGGCAGUCGAACAAUCCGGCGGACUGUUGCUCGGUACUCAUAAAAACCGAGGGAUGCGAGGAGGAACCAGAAGUAGACGUGGAAGGCGUGGAGGGUGAAACUCUCCUCACGGAGAAUAGAGAAAGCAGUAUAGAACCGCCUCGGCGGAGGGAUAGUUCGGAUCCCGUAAACCUAAGCUUAAAUUCUGGAACUUCCACUACUAGCGAAAGUUCGCACGAUAUUGUACCUAGGCCAGAAAAGCAGUUACUGGAGAGGCGAGAAUCUCUAGAGGAGGCGGAAGAGAGAAGGAGGCAAUUAGCGGCUCGGCUCGCGUUAGGCUUAGAACCGGGAAAGCGAAAACCCGAAGAAAUACCUAUCCCACCUGCGGAGGCGUAUAUCGUCACGCCUCAUCGAAAACGAAGGCCAGGUUUUCACAACGCACCCGCUCAGAAUCCAGCCUUUGUACCGUUCAAUCCUGGAUUCGAGACGCCGAGGCGGUUGCAAGCGCCACAUCCCCUUAGCGUCUCGGCACCCCCGUACCUGCAGGACAGAUCAGUGACACCACCAGGAGCGUCGCAUAGACCACCAAGCGCGGAUCCAGCAUCGGCGGCAGGCUUGGAACCACCUUGGGGUUCUUGGGCUUUGCCAGCAGCAAGAGCGCCUCCACCUCCGCCGACGGACGACCCGCCAAAGUCUACUCCCGUUCGCGAAUAUCGGUGCAGUUAUUGUGGCAAACAGUUCGGAAUGUCUUGGAACUUGAAAACGCAUUUGAGAGUGCAUACGGGUGAAAAACCUUUCGCGUGUAGACUUUGCGUUGCUAUGUUUAAGCAGAAAGCUCACCUGUUGAAGCAUCUCUGUUCCGUUCACAGAGGCGUCAUAGCCGCCCCUGACAAUACCUUUACUUGUUGCUUCUGUUCGUUAAGUUUCGAUAGUCUACAAGAGUUGAUCAGGCAUCUGUCAGGGCCGCAUAAUAAUUUGCUACUCAGCAAAAAUCUACACGACUAGCGACAUGGAUAAGGCGAACCGGUGCUGAAUCGUCAUCUCGAACGCAUCUCGAUCGAAUAUUGCAUUUCUCGCAAAUCGAUUCGAGCAUGCUUGGAUCGUGUUCAGAUGAGAAAGUGCGAGUGCCUUUAAAUUUUCUCAGUAUUCGAACUAUAGAUUCAGCAUUUUUUUUCUUUUAUCCUUUAGUUUUCCCUGUCUCCAUUGCUUCCGAUUGCUGGCGAAAACUUUUUGGUUUGAAUAUCGAUCUCGAGAUGAUAAGACCAUCGUGCACAGUGUAAAAAAGUAGUUUUUCUAACUUUUUUCCGGACGAAUAUCUUUCUCGAAAGAUAUUUUAAAAUGUAAAAUAGCAUAGCAUCGCGUAGCGGCAUCACACUCUCGUGCGAUUAAAUUUUCUUUCUUCGCGAAGAUGAGAAACGUUGAACGAUUGUUACCUUUAAACGGACGAACGAAAGUGGGAACGUGUUGUUAUUUUAUAAAGUUUCGCGGCAAGUUUCACGGUUCUGCGUGGAAUUCGCACAAGAUCUUCGUGAAUCUCUUUUCCUUUUCUGUUCGAAAGUAAAAUAUCUCGCAGCACCGGAUCAGCCUUCCACUAAGACGUUACGUCGUUUUCGUGACUCUCUCUAAAUCGAAGAUAUUCGAAGACGACGCAACAAUCGACUACCUGUUUAUUGUUAUAAGCGAUGACCAGUAACUCUGACCAAAUAACGUAUUUCCGACAGUGGACGUUGUUCGGAAGUGUGUCGGAUAUGUUGACGGUCUGUAUCGGGUAACGUUAAGAAAGUCGAAACGAGAACAUAUGAUAAAAGAAAAGAAAGAAUAAAGCAAAAGAUAGAAAAUAUAAUAUAAACGAAGAGGCGAGAGUCAAUUAUCGUUGUCACGCGCCGAAUUUCGACCAGUUCACUAAAGUGAAUGCGGCACGCGUCUUCUCGUUGCGUCUUACUUAUUGAAAAAGCUUUUAAACGCUUCCGUUCGCGUCACGUGACAUCCAGCGAAACCUCUCGUUUACCUCAGAUCGCGCGCAAACAAUCUCAUGUGUAAAUAAGGUUAAUGUUUAGUCGUAGAAACAAGCGAACGGAUAUAACAAUUUAUUUAUUUUACACUUUGCAAAGGGACCAACUGAUUUUCCACCGAUUUCUGUCUUAGGUAGAUUUUAGGUAUCCUGCCCGUUAAUCACCUCGAACAAAUUUGCUCGCAGAGAGCUGUGUACGGUUUCGGAAUUAGCGUAUGGAAGGAUUCGAUUAGAAGGUCAGGGAUGUAGAAGAAGAAGAAGAAGAUAUCGGCGUUCUCCUUAUCCUACGAAGAGGAACAUUAUCGGCGAGACGCGAUCCUGGAAGAAGCGACAAUAAUUUUUUCAAAACGGUUCAACCUGUUCGCCAACUGUUAGAAUAAACGUUGCUAAUGUU